GAUUUGUUUGAUCAGUCGACUCUGGCUUAUGUGUCAGACUACAGUGUUUCAGAUUAUGUACAAGCCAUUGAACUAGCAUACGAGGCAUUUCCAAGCUAUAAGAGCCUUGCACCGAGAUCGCGCAGUGAGCUACUAAGGAGUUGGGCCAUAGAGGUACGCCGCUCACGGCAAGACCUGGCGGCACUAUGCACAUUGGAAUUAGGGAAACCGUUCAAAAAGUCCUUGCGAGCCGUCGACUACGCCAUUGACUUUCUGCACUGGUUCGAGAAUCUUGCUGAACAAGGAUGUGGAGGCGAAACGAUCCCAAAUUCUUCUACCGGGAAUGUAAGAAUCUUCACGCUCCUCCAGCCAGUCGGCGUCGUGUGCGCUAUCACGCCGUGGAACUCUCUAUACUCGGGCGUAUUAAAGGAAAUCGCGCCGCGUUGGCUAUUGGCUGUCCGGUCGUCCAUAAGCCGGCCCCCGAAACAUCUUUAUAUAGGAUUACACUUAUAAAG